AUGGCAGCUACAGAUUUCUCCAACCACUUCUCAGAAAAGAACAUUCCCUUCGGGAUCGCUUCAUCUGAAAGUCACAAAGAACCUCAAGCUGUUACCAGAUUGGGCAACACUGUCAUCUUCCUCCAAGAUCUGGUGAAUGAGCUGUUCAAGGAUGUUGAGGGUCUGACAGCUUGUGUUCUUGGCCAGUCAACCCUGAACGACUACGUAGCUUUACCCAAGAGCGUUCACCAGAAUGUUCGAAGCCAAAUCCAAUCAGCAUACCAAAAGGGCGGACUCGAUGCCUUCCCGCCGGGUAGCAGAGAAGACAUCAGUGGUGUUACAAUGCACUUGCCCAUGGAAAUCAAAGACUUCGCCGAUUUCUCCUGUUCACUCGACCAUGUCAUCAACGCAGGUCGUAUUGUCGUGAAUAACCCACACCCACCACCAGGCUUUUUCCACUUCCCUGUUGGCUACCAAGGUCGCACAAGCUCAAUCGUCACUUCAGGCACAGACAUCGAGCGUCCUUACGGUCAGUUUCGCAAUCCUGUGGACGGUUCUAUCAUCUACGGACCUUCCCAAAAGGUUGAUUAUGAAGUUGAGCUUGCCGCUGUUAUUGGAAAGCCUUUGGGCAUGAAGCAGAGAUUAAAUGCAAAGGACGCCGAGGAGCAUAUCUUUGGUUUUGUUAUUCUAAAUGACUGGAGUGCUCGCGAUAUCCAGGGCUUUGAGAUGAGCCCUCUUGGUCCUUUCAACGGUAAAAGUCUAGGAACAUCCAUCUCCCCAUGGAUUAUCACCCUCGACGCUUUAGACCCCUACCGUACACGCUCCCCAGCCCAACAAACCCUCUCAGCAUCAUAUCUCCAACACCCCAACCCUUCCACCUUUUCCAUCACAAUGAAAGUCGAGCUCCUCGCCAACUCAACCACGACAACGCUUGGCACAUGUCCUGUCGAAGCUCUCUACUGGACUCCCCAACAAAUGAUUGCUCAUUCAGUCAGUUCUGGCAGUGCUCUUAGAACCGGAGAUAUCCUUGCCACAGGCACAGUUAGUGGAUCGGAUGAGGCGAGUAGAGGCUGUAUGCUUGAGACUACUGAGGGUGGAAGUAAGCCUGUUACGCUGAGCGACGGGUCGAAGAGAGGCUAUCUUGAGGAUGGGGAUGUUGUGAGGAUAACCGCUGUUGCUGGAGAUGGGGUUGGGUUUGGGGAGUGUGUUGGUCAACUUACUCCUGCCCGAGCUUACUAG